AGUGUAGAGCUGAAAGUUAAUCAACAGCCGCACGACAGUGUCCACUAUUGCUCAUAACUGAUGUAGUGCAGAUGUGACAGCAUUUAUGCUGCUGUGGAUCAAUGUGUUACUCAAUUUGGUCAUAACUUUGGUCAGUUUUUUUACACCAUGGAGGUUGGCACCUGUUCAUACCGUUUACUACUGCCGCAGCACCAGCUGCAUCUUGUGUGAUCUUGACAACAGCGCUUUGUAUUCAGAACUUUAGAUGUGAACAUUACAUCUACAGAGCUGAAUGCACUCAUUCCUUGUCGAUAUAAAAUAGCUGACAAAGAGCAUAGAGGGCGCUUCUUAACACACUAAUGCAAACAAGCGUUGCUAUUCUCUCCAUUCUUUGUUUGUUGCCCCGCCGGUUGCCCUAGUUACCGUGUGUUGCACCGUCAGUGUCGCUAGUGUCGCGUUGUCGCUGGUUGCUGUUGCUUAUCCGUGCUUCUACCACGGUAAACUCGUGGUGGUGGUAAGCGCGAUGCAUUUCUUCGAUGGUUAAGGUUUCCUUGUCUGCUAGAAAGGAAUAUGUCGAUCCGAGGACAGAUUUGGGCUGUUCUAGAUGUUGUACUGCGGGUGCCGCCGUUGUUUGUGAUGGACGCCGUUUUAAGCUGCAGUUUGGGGCUUCGACAUGGCAGUGCUGUUCAACCAGGUGUCGAUGUAAUAAAAGACAGCAGUGACGGGAGCAAUUCGUCCACUGCCCUGCUUGAGAACGACAUGUUUACGCACUUCGACCUACCGACGUUGUUGUGGUCGUUUUUGUACCUGCAAGCGUUCCUAGGUGCCCUGGUGAUGGCAGUGCUGCAGACACGCCAGUUGCUGCACGUCUACCUCUGGCUGAGUGCGCAGGGUGCCGUGCUGUGGUCGUACAUGUGCAACCGUGAGCUGGUGCGCUACGCCGAGGAGCUUUCACAUGACGGCAGCCUGCUGCUUGAGCUGCUGCGGCUCGAGCCUGGGGCGCUGCUACGCACAGGCGCCAACUACGUGCUGCAGCUGCUGCUGGCUUUGCUGCUAUCGGCCGGACGGGGUCCCCAGGCCACAGCAGCCCUCGCCCUGGCGCUUCUGGCGCCCACCGUCGCCAGCGUGUGCCUAGUGCCAGUGCCUGGGACUAGCCCAGUGGCAUCAGCUCUCGGCGCGCAGCUGCUGCUCAUGACGCCUGCGCUUCGCCACUCGGGCCCGGCAUUGGCCGCCGGCCGCCGGGCUGUAACCCGCACGCGUGCCUUGCUCGGCCAGCUGGGCGGCCAAGCCCUGCUCGAGGCCCACUGGGCGCGCUUACGGGCGCCCACUGUGCUACGUCUGUUCUGGCUGCUGCGGAUGGCAGUUCACGCAGCGCUGCUGCAGCCGCAGCUGCCUGCUGUGCAGGCACUGGCAGAGCUUAUAGCACAAGGCUGCGAUACGAGCGUGGCCCUCCUUGGCAUGGCCAGCCUGGUGGCCGCGCUGUCGCGGCAGGUGGCUGGCGCGGCACGCCGCCUUCUUCUGCUCGAGGGCAGCCCUGAACGCAGCCUGGCUACCGUGGCAGGCCUCCUGUUCCUAGUGCUCGCUCUACAGACGGGCCUGACGAGCCUCGACCCGCCACACCGGCUCGCCCGGCUGGCGCGAAACCUCUGCCUUUUGGCCACCGCUGUGCUCCACUUUGUGCAGGGAAUGCUGGGCCCGUUGCUGGUGUCUUUGGGAGCGUCUCGCAGCGGAUCGCACCAGCGGCACGCACGCGCGCUGGGCCUCAGCCUGGCAUUGGCUGCAUGCCCAUGCAUGCUACUCACCUACCUGUGGACACACCAGCCAGUGAGCACGUGGCUGCUCGCCGUCAGUGCCUUCAGCGCUGAGCUCGUCGUCAAAGUGGUCAUCUCACUGCUCAUUUAUCUACUCUUCCUAGUGGAUGCGCGCCGAGAGACCAUGUGGGAGCCGUUGGAUGACUAUGUUUACUAUCUGCGAGCAACAGGCAGUGUCCUCGAGUUCCUGUUUGGAGUCUUCCUCCUCUUCAACGGUGCCUGGAUAUUUGCAUUCGAAUCACGUGGCACCAUAAGAGCUUUCAUGAUGUGCUUUCAUGCUUACUUCAAUAUAUAUCAGCAAGCAAAGGCUGGCUGGAAAGCUUGUGCACGGCGGAGAGCUGCUCUUUAUAAACUGCAUUCCCUUCAAGAGGCUACAAGCCAGCAGUUGCGUGAACUAGACGAUGUGUGUACUAUAUGUUUUCAAGAACUGCAGACUGCCAGAGUGACUCGAUGUCGGCAUUUUUUUCACAGUGCAUGUCUUCGGAAAUGGCUCUAUGUGCGAGACAUGUGUCCGCUUUGUCACAGCACACUCUACCAUCAGUAAGAACUGAAAAAACUGUAUUUUUCAAAAUGUA